AUGACUAAAGAUAAAGUUUUAGAAAUAUUAAAUCAAACAAAUAUUAAAAAAUUUAAAGAAAGAUUAGAAAAAGAAGGCUUUAAUAAAGAUAAAUUAUUAUUAUAUAAUAAUUUAGAUUUUAAUAAAACUUAUACAAUAACUAAAGAAAAUUUAAUCUUAUUUUUAGAAGAAAAUUUAGAUUUAAAUAAUGAAAUUUUUAUUGAUGAUUUAGAAAAUUUCACUAAUGAAGAAAAUAAUGAAGAUUUAUUAUUAAAUUCUAAUAAAAUUUUGGAAUAUAUUAAUAAACAAAUUAGUCAAAUUUCAGAACAAGAUAAUUAUGAUUGGGAACCUGAAGAUUUUAUAGAUUCAGAUAAUAAUUAA